AUGGCGGAGGCUGUAUAUAACAUGGUGGGUGGCAGUCUCCAGCACCACACACCAUCACCAGCUAACACCAUGACUGCACUCAAGCUGACGCUCUUUGUAAGCCUUGCGGCUCUCGUCCACGGCGACACCUCCGUCAUACACGGGGGCGGAAGUCACCACGGGGGCGGAAGUCACCACGGGGGCGGAGGCCUCCACGGAGGAUCUGUCAUCCACAGCGGCGCAGUUCAUGGGAGCGCAGUUCAUCAUGGAGGCGCAGUGCACCAUGACACUUACGCAUCACCUCACUACGACUACGCCUACGGGGUCCACGACGACUACGCCGGCACCAACUUCGGUCACAGUGAAUCUCGCAACGGCUACAGGACCGAAGGCAAGUACCACGUGAACCUGCCCGACGGUCGCAUCCAGACCGUCACUUACUACGCUGACGAGUCCGGCUACCACCCCACCGUCACCUACGAGGGCGUCCCCCACCAUGCAGCUGCUGCCCACGUCGACGGGGGCUACCACAAGUAGCUUAUCCUCACUUAGAGAUAACAUGGAUAAACAGACUGUGGAGAAGUUCAUUGAGCUGUGGUAAAUUAUAUAUAUAUAUAUCCUAUUUAUAAAUGGAAUAUUAAAUGCUUAUGUUAUUUUGUAAAUACACAAGUGCAGAAUUGA